UUCAGGCCUGGCUUGGAAGCUCGGCCUAGGAGGGCGGGGCUGUGGCUGUCAUUUGAGUGCUACGCCUCCGCUUUUGGAAGCUGGUGUCACUCAGGUCUUGCUAGCCAAUCAGGGCCUGGGAUCGCUGCGUCUAAUCAGGAGCGCCGACGGGCGGCGAGAGGCGGGCUCUUUCUGGCCGCCAUACUGUGGGCUAGGCGCCGCAUCCGAGGGAGGUGCGGUGUGCUGCCGUGUGAGCACCGCCGCCGGGAGCUGUGAGGGGACCGUGGGCGACUCCGGAAGCCGCGCCAUGGAUCUGGUGAGCUUUGAGGACGUGGCUGUGCACUUCACCCAGGAAGAGUGGGCUUUGCUGGAUCCUUCCCAGAAGAGUCUGUACAGAGAUGUGAUGCAGGAGACCUGCAGGAACCUGGCUGCGAUAGGAUAUAUAUGGGAAGAACAGAAUAUUGAAGAUGAUUGCAAAAAUUUUGGAAGAUAUCAAAGGCACAUCAUAUCUCACUCUGAAUACACUCCAUAUGAGCAUGAGGAAUAUGGAAACAAGCCAUAUGAUUCCAGUUCUCUCACAAGUAUUCAAGGAUACAUGGGUGCUCACACUGUGAAUGGACCUUGUGAAUGUGAGGUAUGUUUAAAAUCCUUUGGUUUUCCAAGUACCUUUGGAAUGUAUCACCAAACUCACAGUGGAGAAAACUUCUAUGACUACAAGGAAUGUGCAAAGGCUUCUGUUUAUCAUAGUUCACUUUACACACAUGGAGGAACUCACACUGUAAGAAAAUGUUAUGAAUGUAACCAGUGUGGUAAAGUUCUGAGUUCUUCCAGUUCCCUUCAAAGGCAUGAGAGAAUUCACACGGGAGAAAGACCCUAUAAAUGUAACCAGUGUGGUAAAGCUCUGAGUUCUUCCACGUCACUUCAAAGACAUGAGAGAAUUCACACAGGAGAAAGACCCUAUAAAUGUAACCAGUGUGGGAAAGCCUUUAGAUGCCACAGUGCCCUUCAAUUACAUGAAAGAAUUCAUACUGGUGAAAAACCCUAUGAGUGUCAACAGUGUGGGAAAGCCUUUACAUGUCACAGUUACCUUCGAUUACAUGAAAGGACUCAUACCGGAGAGAAACCCUAUGAAUGUAAGCAGUGUGGGAAAGCCUUCAGAUGUCAAACUUCCUAUCAUAGACAUAAAAUUAUUCAUGGUGGAGAAACAUUCUAUGAAUGUAAACAAUGUAGUAGGCUCUUCAUUUACCCCUCUUUACUUCAAAUGCAUGAAAGAACUCACACUAGUGAAAGACCGUAUAAAUGUAAACAGUGUGGUAAAUCAUUCCUUUACCCCUCUUUACUUCAAAUGCAUGAAAGAACUCACACUGGUGAAAAGCCCUACGAAUGUAAGCAGUGUGGUACAGCGUUUAGACAUCACUCUUCCCUUCGACUGCAUGAAAGAACUCAUACAGGAGAAAAGCCCUAUGAAUGUCAACAGUGUGGGAAAGCCUUUACUCGUCACACUUCCCUUCGAUUACAUGAAAUAACUCAUACUGGAGAGAAACCUUAUAAAUGUAAAGAAUGUGGUAAAGCCUUUAGACAUCACUCUUCCCUUCGAUUGCAUGGAAGAAUUCAUAGUGGAGAGAAACCCUAUGAAUGCAAACAAUGUGACAAAGCCUUUAUACGUUACAGUUACCUCCGAUUACAUGAAAGAACACACACAGGAGAAAAACCUUAUGAAUGCAAACAAUGUGGGAAAGCCUUCAGCCGUCACAGUUCCUUUCAGAGACAUAAAUCUAUUCAUGCUGUAGAAAACCCCUAUGAAUGUCAGCAGUAUCUAAUUCCUUUAUCCCUGUUUCCUCCAAAUACAUCAGACAACUCAUACUGGUGAAAAGCACUAUGAAUGUGAGCAGUGUGUUGAAGUGUUUAUCCUUAUCCACUUAAAAUACAUGUAAGAACUGAGAUGUCACGUGAUAAGCCUUAUCCACAUAAAUGAUAUGGUUUAGACUUCGAAUGCAUGAAGAAAUUCAUGCUGGGCACAGUUUCUACAAAUGUAAGCAAUGUGUAGUAAGUCCUUUUGCUGGCCACUCUUCUUUCACAGAAAUAAUUCAUGCUGUGGAAAUGCCUUAUGAAUGGAAACAAUAUGCUCAGUCUUUUAUCCCUUUUUGCUUCAAACACAUGAAAGAACUUAGAGUAAAACGCUGUGAAUGUCAGCAGUGUGCUGGAGACUUCAGGAGAUGCAGGUCCCUUUGGUAACAUGAAAGACAUCUUACUGGAGGAAAAAAAACCAUGAUAUUUAGAUGUCAUUGCUCCCAUAAAUUCCAUGAGUGAACUACUGGAAACAAUUCUGUGAGUGGAAACAAAGCUGUGACAC